AAAAACAGUUCCUUGUUACUAUUAUCUCUUCUUCACCAAAAACCACUCCCUCCUCUGCCAAAAACAGAAAAAAAAACCCCUACAAACCAAACCCAACUCACCUUACUGAUCCAACCAAUACCCUUCACCUCCAUCUCCGCUGCUGCUUCACACUGUUUUCCACCGGACUUAAACGCCGCCGCAUAACCGCCGGAAAACAGAGCUUAUGACACCGGAAAACUCAUGUAUUUACAGUUUCAACUAAACUGGGGAAUAGAACGAGUAAGGUGUUAAUAGGGUUUAAAUUUUUUCUGCAUUCUCCAUGAAAUCAAGGAAGCUGAGUUGGGGUUUUUGAGAUGGGAAGUUGCUCUGAUGACCCUAACAUUGAUAAUGGCAGUAUUAUUGAUGCUUCAGUUGGGAGUUUAGUUUGGGUUCGUCGGCGAAACGGGUCCUGGUGGCCAGGUCGGAUUAUGGGCCUCAAUGAAAUUUCGGAUGGUAGUUUGGUUUCCCCGCGAUCAGGCACUCCUGUUAAACUUUUGGGCCGCGAGGAUGCUAGUGUGGACUGGUAUAAUCUUGAAAAAUCAAAGAGGGUGAAGGCAUUUCGAUGCGGGGAAUAUGAUGAAUGCAUAGAGAAGGCGAAGGCAAAUGCAGCAAAUGGUAAUAAGAGAGCAGUGAAAUAUGCUCGAAGGGAAGAUGCCAUUCUUCAUGCUUUGGAAUUAGAGAAUAUUCGCUUAGGGAAGGAUCAUGUCUUCAUUCCUAGAAACAAGAACUCAGGUGGUGCGCUUGGUUCUUCAGUUAAAGAGUCACCUGGGAUGACUAACUCUGUUGAAGAAGACGUGGGUAUAACUGAUGAAGAAGAAGAUGAUGAAGAAAGAGCAAGUGAUUCUAAAGAAGACUCAGAUUCAGUCACAGAUUCUGAUUCUGGUUCAGAUUCAGAUUCAGACGAUGAGUCAGAUUCAGAUUCUGAUUCAGACGAUGAGUCAGAUUCAGAUUCAGAUGAUGAAUCUGAUUCCAGUUCAGGCCCAGAAUUAUCCCAAUCUGGUAUAUCUUUUGAAGAGCCAAAUAAUUUUGUUGUUUGUAAGAUGCAAUCUGUACAGGGAAAGAGGAGAAGAACACCAAAUGAUUCAGAAGAUGAUGGAACAGAAGGAAUUAAGCGAAUGCGAGGACUUGAGGACCUUGGAAUGGUUGUAGGAGACUCAAAUGCUGGGAACUGCUUUUCAAAUGGCAGCCCUUCAAAUGGUUGCAAAGUUUACAGCUCAUCCAUGAAAAGAAGGAGAUCUCAAGUAGCUAAUGUUCAUGAGUUUUUGAAAAGAAAAAAUCGACACCGACCGUUGACAAAGGUCUUGGAGAGUACUGCAAUGGUAUCUGUUCCGGUUAUUUGUGAUCAAGUUCCCAACUUAAGUGAUUCACCUCUUCAUGGAUUAUCUGAAAGCAAGAUAUCAGGAAUAGAUUCUAAUGAGUCUAAGAAAAGCUUUUCUGUAGCAGCUAAUAAUAACUCAGACAGUACAGGGGUUUCAUGCGAGAAUAGUGUAUCUCUCAAUCCUUCUGAACAUGCUCAUGAUGCUUCCCAAGUAAAUUGCAAGCUGAAGGAGAAUGGUAUUUCUGGGGUAUCAGGGCUUGCUGAGAAUGAUUCUUCUGAUAGGUUAUUUGACGUGCCAUUUGUUGGAGAGGAAAAACAUUCUGCAGGAAGGAAUCAAGUUGGUGGACUGGGAAGGCAAUCUAGUCAAAGUAGUCAAGCAGAAGCGCUACCUCUGAAAAAUGAGGGAUUCAAUGAAGCAGGUUCUACCAGUUCAGCAGCCACUCAUUUUAAUAGUUUCAGCCCAAGGACGGAUAAAGAUGCUUCAAAGUGGCAGUUGAAAAGAAAGAGGAAUUCGAGACAUACCAGUAAAAUUAGGAAACAAGAGAAGAGAAAAUAUUUGUCCAUGAAUGGUAAAUCUGAUGCUUAUUUAGCAGGUUUAGAGCAUUGUGAUGGAUUCUUUCCGAGGCCUGACCAGAAAGUAGAUUUUGAUGGGACCAGGAGGCCCCUUGCUUCAUACAAACGCAACCUGGAAGGAAAAUCGAGACUGCUUGCUGGUAACCAUGUCGACAGUGUUCCCCAUUGGAGCAAAUCUUUCUCUCAUAGGGAAAAUCAUUUGAGAGGAGCCAUGAUGGAGGUGUCCUUGCCUCCUCAAAGGUUGCUUCCCUAUCGUCAGUCACGCUUUACAGUUAACUCAAGAUAUCCGAUAUCAGAUUAUCCUGGCAGAACUGUUACGGGUUCUAAGUUGUAUGAUGUCAAGCUUGAUGUAAAAGCAAACUACCAGCCGCAGAAUGUUCCGCUGGUCUCCCUUAUGAGUAAAUUGAAUGGCAAAGCCAUUAUUGGCCGCCCUCUCACGAUUGAACAGCUAGUCGAUGGAUCUAGUGAUGAUAUCGUCGGUAGUAUUGAAUGCGAUCCAACUUAUGUAUAUGCUGCAGAAGCUCCCCAACUGGGUCACACAGCUAUACGGAAUUUGGGACCUGGCAGGAUUCUACCCAAGCAUAAGACAUCACAGGCACGUUUGUCACCAAGUAAAUCGCCUAGAAGGAAAAGUGGGAUAUUGUCUAAAAAGAUUCGGAAGUUAUCGUCCUUGACCGGGAACAAAGAGGUAUGUAGGAAGCCAGUGACGGAGAAACCCAAGGGUCCGGUUAUAGCCUGCAUCCCUCUCAAAGUAGUGUUCAGCAGGAUAAACGAGGCAGUGAAUGGCACCGCGCGACAGACACAUCGUGCCGCCUUAACGUCAAGCAACUCGUGAGUUGGUUCCUCUGGAAAAGUUGCAGACAGUGGAAUUCUACCCAUGAAUUUAGUGAUUGGGAAUCUUUUUUCCGAGGUGCGUGCUCUGCUCCUUACUCUUGCCUGAAGGUAGAAUCUUUCUGUUCAAUUCCGUGACUGAUUCGUCGUAAUAGAAAAGGAUUUCUAGGAGGGGGAAACAGAAAGAAGAAAGAAAGGAUGGAAUUGAGACAGGCUUUGGGUAUCUGUAUAUAUGUAACAUUAGUUGAGGUGUAAAGAUGGUGAUUUGGUAUUUAGGUAUUUGUUUUGCUUCUUGAUAUUAGGUUUAAUUUUAAAGGUUGGUUAAGGCGGGGAAGGUGCUAAUAACUUGAAAUUUUCAGUGACUGGUUUGGCAUCAUGAUUCAGUAAAUUUUAAUGCAAGCCACCUUUUUUGUCA